AUGCAGUGUAUGCAUCGGCAUAACAAAUUAGUAAUGGUGUUUGAGACGGACUGUUCCGAUGUGGUGAAGAUGGUGUCUAAACUAGAGGAGUGGCCGGCUUUUAUAAUACUUCUUGAAGAGGUCGACAGAUGCAAGAUGGGGUUCACUUCAUUUUCCAUUGUCCACAUACCCAUGACGAACAACACGAAGGCAGACAAGUUAGCACGCAGUGCUCGAGCUCUACCUACUGAUGUGUAUUAUGUAAACUCUGUAUCACUAGCUUGGAUUCCUGAGUUGUUCUAG